AUGUCAGAAGAAACGAUUAAUACAUUAAAUACGACGAGUUCGACCGAAAACGAAGCCGAUCUACAGUUAAGCAAUCCUGAAGCCGAAGAUACUAUUUUAGAUCCAAGCAAAGAAUUCGAAAAACAAGAUUCUCAACAUGGUACCAUGGCACUUAUUCUUUUAGCUGCUUUAUUUGGGUUUCAAUUGUUGAUACUUUAUUGGAAGUCAAAACAUUAUCGAUCCUUUCAAGCAGUUACUUUGUUUGGAUUAUGGUUAAUACCGAUGUAUCUAUUUGGACUUCAGGCACAUUUUUGGAGAUUUUUAUCAAUUUGGGUCUUGUAUUCAAUUGCUAAUUCAUGGGUAUCAUAUGCUGUCGGCAUAACCGGUUAUACGAUAAUUAUGUUAUAUUUUUUCGGACUUGUACAAUUAUUUUACUCGGGCACUGAUGGAUUUGAAUUAGGAACAAUACUUUUAAGUUAUGGAUUAUAUUUUGGAGUAUUGAGCAGGGAUUUUGUAGAAAUUUGUACGGAUAGAAUGGCAUCGACACUUGGAUAUUAUAAUAAGGAUGGAUUUCCAAGAAAACAUUUAAGAGCAAAUAUAUGUGCAAUAUGUGGAGUGGCUGCCACUGGAACUAGCAAUAAUACAAAUAAUAAUGAAAAUGGCGAUCAAAACCAUCGGGUAUUUCAGCUGGCCUGUAGACACGUCUUUCACGAUGAUUGUAUACGUGGUUGGUGUUUAAUAGGAAAGAAGGAUAUUUGUCCUUAUUGUAAGGAAAAGGUUGAUUUAAAGGAGUUCAAAACAAAUCCAUGGGACACUCAGCAGCAACUUUACCUAAGUUUACUUGAUGGUGUAAGAUAUUUAGUUGUUUGGCAACCUGUAAGUUUUUAA